AGCAGCUCCUUCAAUGAGUUCCUCCUCCUGGCACUCACGGACACACGGCAGCUGCAGCUCUUGCACUUCUCACUCUUCCUGGGCAUCUACCUGACUGCCUUCCUGGGCAACAGCUUCAUCAUCACAGCCGUAGCCUGCGACCAUCACCUCCACACCCCCAUGUACUUCUUCCUCCUCAGCCUCUCCAUCCUGGACCUCGGCUCCAUCUCCACCACUGUCCCCAAAUCCAUGGCCAAUUCCCUGUGGGACACCGGGAUCGUUUCCUACUCAGGAUGUGCUGCCCAGGUCUUUUUCCUUGUCUUCUUUAUGUCAGCAGAAUAUUCUCUCCUCACACUCAUGGCCUAUGACCGCUCUGUUGCCAUCUGCAGAUCCCUGCACUACAGCACACUCAUGGGCAGCAGAGCUUGUGUCAAAAUGGCAGCAGCUGCCUGGGCCAGUGGUUUUCUCUAUGCUGUGUUGCACACUGCUAAUACAUUUUCAAUACCACUCUGCCAUGGCAAUGCCCUGGGCUGGUUCUUCUGCGAAAUCUCCCAGAUCCUCAAACUCUCCUGCUCUGAUUCCUACCUCAGGGAAGUUGCAGUUCUUGUGGUUAGUACUUUUUUAGCUUUGGGGUGUUUCAUUUUCAUUGUGGUGUCCUACGUGCAGAUCUUCACAGCUGUGCUGAGGAUCCCCUCUGAGCAGGGCCAGCACAAAGCCUUUUCCAUGUGCCUCCCGCACCUGGCCGUGGUCUCCCUGUUUGUUAGCACUACAGUGUUUCCCUACCUGAAGCCCCCCUCCUUCUCCUCCCCAGUUCUGGAUCAGGUGGUGGCUGUUCUGUAUGUGGUGGUGCCUCCAGCAGUGAACCCCCUCAUCUACAGCAUGAGGAACAAGGAGCUCAAGGAGGCACUGAGGAAACUGAUUGAAGUGGUAGUAGUUCAGCAGCAAUAA